AUGAAAUUCGGCUGCAACUUCCAGCUACGUCAGCACCCUCAAUGGAAAGAAGCCUACAUCAACUACAAUGGUAUCAAGCAAACUGUAAAACAGCAUCCCAGUCUGCGCAGUCAACCUGUUUGGGACGGCUUUGAGGCACAUCUUUCCAAGGAAAUUGGCAAGGUCGAUUGCUUCCUCCAAAGCCAGGUUGAACAUUUGAAUGAUUGGGCCGAUGCGAUCUUGUCGCGGUUCUCCUUGCCCUCCAUUUCUCCUGGUCUAGACGUGCUGACGCACGUUGCGACAACCGAGUUACGUGACCUUGGUGAAUGCCUAUGUGAGGUUUUGAGCUUCAUCUCGCAGCUCGAAUCAUUUGCAAAGCUCAAUCAAGAUGCUGUUCAGAGAUUGUUGGCCAAGUAUGCAAAGUUUACUGGCCUGGGCACAGCGGGCAGCCUGGACUUUCCAGCCACCCUCAUUGCGAGACCGUGGCACAGCACCGCCGAACGCCUGAGAGGCCUACUAGACUUGUCGCGUUGCGCACAAGCGUCUAUUGCAGUUUCUUCCGACACCCAGUCGCUAUUGUUGCGGCGAGUAAGCCCAAUUGCGCUCGGCUGCACAAGCGAUGUAGUCCAUCGCUGCAUUAGGGACGAUGAUCCCGCAUCGUUGAUGGUUGCGCUUGCUUCUCCAGUCUCCUACAUGGAGAAUCAGGCUAUGCUGUAUUCGGUUUUGCAAGUUGCGAUCAAUUACCGGGCCGUCAUGUGCAUCAGGUCUCUACUGGAAGAGAUCACUGCUCCGCUUGAAGACUUGUCCUGUGGCCACCAGGACGCCCUGCACCAACUCGUGAUCCAAUUCUCACGAUCUCAGCCCUCAUUGAGUGCAAUCGGGACUCUUGUGGAGAUUUUCCGCGAACUGUCUCCUUACCAGCACCACAUGCUGCUCGUCAAAGAUUGGAGGCUUCGCACUCCUCUUCACUAUGCCGCAGAGUAUGGUUGGUCCAGAUUGUGCAAGCAGCUUGUCAGGUUUAUGGAGCCCUCGGCAGUCUUGCAGCCGGACAAGUCUGGUUUGACACCGCUUCAUUUGGCUGCAGCCCAUGGCCAUGUAUCUGUGAUGAAAUCACUCCUCUCAUUGGAAAGCGUAAGCCUCGCGCUGUCUGAAGAAAUGGCUGGUGCAUUGCUGCACAUCUCCAUCCAAGCAAAAUCUGCAGACGUAGUGGCAUGUCUCUUGACAUGUGGCAAAGGUAUUAAUGUCCAAGAUAACCAGGGCCGCACGCCAUUGUAUGCCGCCGCUGAUGGUGGUGAUGCUGACAUGAUUCGCGCACUGCUCGACAUUUCAGAAGGUUUGCAUAUUGACCGCACAGAAGAUUCCUACGGACGUUCACCUUUGCUAGUAGCAUCUGUGCGUGGUCAUCAUGAAAUAGCUGAGCUUCUUCUUUAUGCAGGCGCGGAUAAAGAAAUUCGAGAUCAUCGCGGCUGGACAGCUGUAGAACAUGCAUCGUACCGAGCGCACAUGACUAUAGUCGAAGCUCUAAAGCCACAGUUCUCACUAGACCUGAGCAGUCCUUUGACACCAAGCAUCCAGGAAGCUUCUGCCAACAAAUCAUUCACGAGACAACGGCCGACACUGGAUUACCAGGAAUCAACUUCGCAGGGAGACCUUGACCACCUCACUACAGUUUAUGUCAAUUUAGGCUCAUUCGAUACCUCGUCUGGCGAGAAAAUCCUAGACAUGGACCCAUUCAUUAUAGAUUCAGCCAUGCAGAAUGGCACAGGUGGAGUGUUUCUGGAAUUGUCAGCGACACAAUGUCACGAGCAGCCAUAUAUACUCAGCCUUCCUUUCGUGGGAGAUAUUACCGAGACGACAUGGCGGUUUACCACCACAGACUCUGACAAUAUGAAGCUGAGAUUCAAGCUUUAUGAGUAUGCAGACGAUACUCGAGCAAGCAAGCAAAUGCUGGCUGCGGGCAUUGUCAUGCUGAGCCACCUCAAGGGCUGGUUCCGUCCUGGUCGACAGAGCUUGAAACGCGAAAGCACGGUUGCACUGAACUCUCCCGAGGGCGAAUAUGCCGGAGCUAUUACCUUUACGCACCUUGUCUGUUUUCCAUACAAGGUUUCCGGCCGAGAAAGACCUUUACAAAAAAUGUGCCAAUCGAACCAAACUCAAGUCGUGGGUCAUCGAGGCUUGGGAUGGAAUAUGACUGGGCUUGGCCGAAUGCAGCUGGGAGAGCAUACCAUUCAGUCUCUUCAGAGUUCCCUUGACCAGGGAGCCGACCUCAUAGAAUUUGACGUUCAGAUCACACGCGACCAUGUCCCUGUCAUCUACCACGACUGGCAAGUUUCGGAGACGGGCCUAGACAUUCCCAUUCACGCAAUGACAUUCAAACAAUGGAUGGCCAUUAGCGAGUCGCAGAGCAAUUCUACGCAUGACCACCCAGGGGGCCGGUUGCCGUGGGAUGAGAGAGCCCGACCGAAGGAACUCCACCGACAGCGCUCGAGGUCCUUGUGUGCGCAUCCCGACCAUCCCCGCAAAGCCAUGGCGGAGCGCAUGAAGCAUACUGUGGAAUAUGCCAGGAACCACAACAAGGGAAAUAUUCGCGGCGAAUGCAUCCACGACGCCUUUACGACUCUCCGGGAGCUCUUCCAAAAGUUCCCAGACGAUGUACAUUUCGACAUUGAAUUGAAGUAUCCCAUGCUUUGGGAGUGCCCCUACUGGGAAAUGGAACCUUACUGGACCGAGAUGAACGAAUACCUAGACACGACGCUCGAUGUCAUCUUUGAGCUCGCCGGCAACCGCUCCAUCUUCUUCACCUGCUUCAACCCCGAGGUGUGCAUCUUGCUCCGCACCAAGCAGAAAAUCUAUCCCGUGGUGUUUCUCAACGACUCCAUGGUCAGCGGGCCGGCCGGCGACCUGCGCGCCAUUUCGCUCCAGCACGCCAUGCGGUUCGCGCGCCAGUGGGGGAUCCAGGGUAUCGUCAUGGCAGCUGAGCCCUUUGUCGCGGCGCCCAAGCUGAUCAAGCAUGUGCGCGACCAAGGUCUGGUCUGUGGUUCGUAUGGGUCGUUGAAUGAUAUUCCAAGCUUUGCCGAGAAACAAGCGGCCGAGGGCAUAGACAUGCUCAUUGUGAACAAUAUUCGCCUCAUCUCUAGUACCCUCCGUAGUAUGAAGUGA